ACCGGACAAGAUGGCGGCCCCCAUGAGGGAAGGGGCCGAGGGGUUGCCCGGCGGCUCCGAGCCCGGGGCGGCCCCCUACGGGAACUUCCCCAAUUACUCCCGCUUCCACCCGCCCGAGGGCCGCGUCCGCCUCCUGCCGCCGGCGCUGCUGGGCCGGCUCUUCCCCGCGGGGCCCUCCCCGCUGCUGGGGCUGGACGUCGGCUGCAACUCGGGGGAGCUAAGCGUUGCUCUCUACAGACACCUCCUUGGUCUACAGGAGAACGAGGCCAGCCGUGAUCAGCCUGUGGUUGGGAAGAUCCUGAACCUCCUGUGCUGCGACAUCGACGCAGGACUGAUCGAGAGAGCUCAGCGAUGCAGUCCCUUUCCUGGCUCCAUCUCCUAUGCCACCCUGGAUGUCAUGGAUGCUAGUGCCCGGGAGUUGUUCUUGAGCUCCUAUCUGAGCAGGUUCAGCCGUUCCACCUUUGACAUCUGCUUUUGUAUGUCAGUGACCAUGUGGAUCCACCUGAACCACGGGGAUGAUGGCCUGGUGGAGUUCUUAUCCUACCUUUCGUCUCGGUGCAACUACCUGCUUAUUGAACCCCAGCCGUGGAAGUGUUACAGAGCAGCCGCCCGGCGCCUCCGGAAGCUGGGUAGGAAUGAUUUUGACCACUUCCGCUCUCUGGCCAUCAAUGGGGACAUGGCAGAGAGGAUAACCCAGAUUUUAACUGAGGAUGGUGGCAUGGAACUGGUGUGCUGCUUUGGUAGCACAAGCUGGGACAGGAGUCUCUUGCUUUUUAAAUCAAACAGAUUGACUCAAAAGCAACUGUGAGAAAGGGGAGUCCU